GAAAGUUUUUGCAAAAAUGACUCAAAGAAGAAGGCAACCAUUAGUUUUGUUAGAGAAGGAAAGACUCGCUGAGAUUAAUGAAGAGCUUCGUAUCAGUGGCUUCUCCAAUGCUAAAUGGCUUGAACUUGGUCUGAGUUUAGGUCUAAGUCUACAGACACUGAAAACUAUUGAGACGGACUAUGGAAGAGCUGGGGCUAGUCGUUGCUUGAUGGAGUGUCUAGAGAAAUGGCUCUCUAGAGCAGAUAAUGUAACUGGACCAUUGUCUUGGAUCACACUGGCUGAUGGACUAUGUAGAAUUGGAGAAGUAUCAUCAGCAGAAAUGAUCAGUAAAUUAUCUGAUCCAGCUAGUGGGGUAUUCCAGCGUUACAGUGUUAGACUGUCUGCAGUGUCCAUCAGUGAGGAGCCAGUUGAUCUGUUAUGUACAGAGAGACUGAUAUCAAAUGAGACCAGGACUGGAGUGGAGAGUGUUGGGGGUUUCCUAUUAGGAGACGCACUGAGAGAAAUACAGACUUCAAUAACUGAAGAUCAUAACAAAUUGAGAGCAUUAGGAAACAUCUUACUGAAAUCAGAUGAAGCAAAGACUAUAGGACAAGACAUACUAAAAGAUUGUGAUAUUACAUUUUCUGAUACUAUUAUUGAUUCAAGA